GUCGAGCCAGCCGGUCGAUCCGGCAAGACCUCCUGACAAUAAAUGCAAAUUCUGUGCUAAAUUUUGUUCGCUAAGUGAAGUUAAGUGUACUAAUAGUGCAUGUGAUACUCUUCUACAUGGAAAAUGUUUCGAUUCAAUUGCCAAGAUUGUGCCAAUGAAAAAGGAAGAAUUCCGUUGUAAAUAUUGUUUGGGAGACGGCAAGGUGUCUAGUAGCAGUACCGAUGUGCUGCUCUUGCAUAAAGAAAUUGAUUGCCUUACACGAGAAAAGCAAUUGCUAGAAAAGUAUCAAUGAUCAGAAGAUGGCGAGAGAUGUCCAAGGAGAAAGCGGUGGAGGUGGAGGAGGCCGCCUCUCCUACGACAACCCUACCCUCAGUGUAUCUUCAGAUAGCUUUAAUUAUAGAAGUAGGAAUGACUCAUCUUAUAUGGGGAGUAAUGAUUUUAUUGUGAUAGACAACACGUCAAAGCGCUCGACCGUGGUGGAAACAGUGAAACAGGUAGUACCGUGGGCACGGAGGAAAGCGCGAGGUGCAUGCAGCCGCAAAAUGCUGCUGCGGCGGCUGCCCAUCCUUGCCUGGCUUCCCUCGUACGAUUCGGGGAACGCUGUCGGUGAUCUCAUAGCAGGAAUCACGGUGGGACUUACAGUUAUACCUCAGGCGUUGGCAUAUGCCAACAUUGCCGGUCUCCCAGCAGAGUAUGGCUUGUACAGUUCCUUCCUGGGGACAUUCAUCUACAUCUUUCUGGGCAGCUGUAAAGACGUACCUAUGGGCCCCUCGGCGAUCUCAGCCCUUAUGACGUUCCAAGUGAUCCACGGAUAUGGACCCGAACAUGCCAUCCUCUUGUGUUUCCUGACCGGUAUCGUACAGUUCCUUAUGGGUGUUUUUGGAUUAGGGUUUCUCAUAGACUUCGUAUCAGGACCAGUUUCUUCAGGAUUCACAUCGGCUGUUGCAAUGAUCAUCGUUACUUCUCAAAUGAAAGACGUACUGGGUAUUCACAUACAAUCAGGUGGCAGUUCCACAUUCAUAGGGACAUGGCGGAGUAUCUUCCAAGAUAUUCAUAACACUCAAGCUUGGGACACCACGUUAGGAGUUGUUUGUAUCGUGGUUUUGCUUAUGCUGAGAAUAAUCGGUUCAAUAAAAUUUGGAUCCACCCAGAAAGGAAUGGAACCGACGAAACUACAAAAAAUUGGUAACGCCACGCUGUGGCUCAUCGGUACUGCCAGGAACGCCAUUCUUGUGGUUGUUUGUGGAUUUCUUGGAUAUUCGUUCCACCAAAAUGGUGCGAUUCCCUUCAAGGUGAUAGGCAUAGUACCACAAGGAUUACCGGAACUGAAACUUCCUCCAUUUGGAUAUGAAAGAGAAGUAAAUGGUACUAUAAUACGAACCACUUUCUUGGAUAUGGUGUCGCAACUUGGAAGCGGCAUCAUAGUGGUACCCCUGAUAGGAAUUUUAGAGAACAUUGCCGUAUGCAAAGCUUUCGCAAACGGUAAGAUGGUGGACGCUACCCAGGAGUUCAUCGCUAUCGGCGUGUGCAACAUCUGUAACUCCUUCGUCCAGUCUUUCCCAUCUACAGGUUCACUAUCCAGAAGCGCAGUGAACAACUCCAGCGGUGUGCGAACUCCUUUAGGUGGACUCUACACUUCGGUCUUGGUUAUCCUGGCGCUGCUCUUCUUCACACCAUAUUUCUUCUUUAUUCCGAAGGCCGCUCUUGGGGCCAUUAUUAUUGCUGCUGUCAUCUUCAUGGUUGAAGUGAAGGUUGUAAAACCCAUGUGGAGGUCCAAAAAGAGUGAUUUGAUCCUUGGUUUUACGACCUUCAUAGCUUGCCUGGUACUGGCUCUAGAAGUUGGAAUUUUAGUUGGAGUGGGAAUUAAUCUGCUCUUCAUACUUUAUCAUGCUGCUAGACCGAAGAUAACGGUUGAGAAAUUGAGGAGUCGAUGUGGAACAGAAUACUUGAUGCUAACUCCUGAUAGAUGUCUCAUCUUUCCUUCGGUAGACUACGUGCGAAAUCUGGUGACGAAGCACAGCAUCAGGCAAGGAAUCCCAGUGGUAAUUGACUGCUCACACAUCUAUGGAGCAGAUUACACAGCUGCUACGGUUAUAGAAACAUUGACACAGGAUUUCACUGCCAGAAACCAGCCACUGUUUUUCUACAACCUGAAACCAUCAGUCAGCUCGGUAUUUGCAGGAGUUUCUCCUAAAGAUUUCAUCGCUUUCUACAAUGAAGACGAGAUCGACAUCCUGCUAAAAAAUCGUUCUUAUGUGAAAAAACAAAUGGAAAGUUUAAAAGCUUAAAGCUGGUAUUUGAGUUUAUUUCAGAGAUCUGACUUAACGUGUACAUAUGGUAAAAUUCUAUGCUUAGUUCAGUAAAAAGUAAGGAUACAUUUUAAUUUGGUCUCCAAAUUAACCCAUUUUAAGCACGUUCAAGUGUACGCAUGAGUAAACAUUUGGCACAACGCAUGCUUAACAAAUAAAAAAUCAGUUGAGUUGAACAAAAAAGCUAAGAUUUCUUACUAUGUCAGUCUGUCAAUGAAAUUGAAAAUAUUCAUUCUUCUAGUGCCACAACCUCAUAUGUUGGUAUAAUAUGUAUGCUUUCGCAUUUUCGAAAAAAAUUACAGAAAAUGACAUUUGGAACAUUACAAAAAGUAGAUCACUUUUAUGAGUUGUCAAGUUUUGCAUAGGCCCCUCGUCAUUAUGCCAGAAGGAUGCCAAGCAUAGUGGGUAGACGUAAAUAUAGAUUGAUAUUUGAGCAUUAUGUAAAUCAGUAUUUCUGGUACUUACGAAAAGAAAUUCCAGUGAUAUUGUUUUGCUUGCAAAUAUUUCAAUUCCACAGUUUAUUAAAAUAAGCACCACAUCCUUAAUAUGAUUUUAACUUGAUGAUACUCUUGUAGUAUCAACACUGAUUAGCUCAUGAGUAAUAUCCAACAUUAAUUUUAAGCCAAACGUAGUUUUAACAUCUACCUUUAAUAUUCGUUGCUUUAGAGUUAUAUUUUGGUGCCACAAUAACUGUUAAUCAGUAUUUUUACAAAGCAGUGACAUAGUUUUAUUCAAAGAUUACAAACAAUAACAGUGUACUGUAAGUAUAACCGAAUUACCAGACAUCACUUGAAUUGUCGCAGUAACAUCAGUAAAAUAAAUUGUUAUUUUUCAUACAAAAGCAGAGAAGUAAGCUGACAGUCUAAAAAAUUACAAAUAUUUCGUUUAGUGUAUGUAUUAACAAGUAGAAUAAAGUACAUUCAUUUUCUACAACUAUGUUCAUUGCAAAACAAUAAAUGUAGUAAUGUAGUUUUUUAAUGAGACAUAUACUGCCAAUGUUUCAUUUUUGUUUAGCACGCCUAAAUUAUUUUGAUAUGAGCUACGAGAAAUACAUUCAGUUCCAUGCUUACCUAUUGUAAUUUUACCUUUUAUAUUUAUUAUGAUAGAAGCAAAUUUUAGAUACAUAGUAUUUAUUUUUACCGUAGUAGAGAGAACUCAUGUAGUUAGACUGUGAUAUAUAUUUUUAUAAAAAUAAAUCUGGUACGUAUUUCAUGAA